AUGGAGAUCAUAAAAAAAGCUGUGGAAGAGUAUGCAUCAUCCCGAAAUGUAAAAUUAGAAGAAGUUGCAAAAAAAUAUGGUAUACACAAAUCGGUGUUAUAUCGUCAUUGUACGCGGGAUAUGAAGCAACAUGGAGGCCAAAGAGCUCUAUCCGAUGAAACUGAUAUGUUUCUAAUAGAAAAUAUAAACAAAUGCGCAGAAUGGGGUUAUCCCUUAGAUACUUUGGAUCUCAGGUACAUAGUAAAAAUGUAUCUUGAUAAGAUAGGUAUAAUUCAUAAAAGAUUUAAAGACAAUUUUCCAGGACCAGAUUUUGUACAGAGCUUCCUAUUAAGACACAAAAAUGAGAUUUCCCAAAGAGUUUGUGAAAAUAUCAAGCGUGUGAGAGCUAAGGUAUCUCCAGAUACGAUUAAAGAAUAUUUUACAGAACUUGAGAAGUCUUUAAAUGGUGUACCUGCUUCUAACAUCUUAAAUUACGACGAAACAAAUUUGACGGACGACCCUGGGCGGAAAAAAAUACUAAUCAAACGGGGAUGCAAGUACCCUGAAAGAGUUCUGAACCAUACCAAGGCUUCCGUGUCUAUUAUGAUGGCUGGUACCGCAGAUGGUAAAAUGUUACCACCAUAUGUGGUAUACAAGGCAACUCAUUUAUAA